CCAGCGGAUACCUCUUGUUUUUGUUUUUGUUUUGUUGUUAUUUUUGGGAAGGUGGAAGGGGGGGGGACCAAAACUGGAGAGCCGCGAGCAUGGAGUAUUUCGUGGUGCCCGCUCAGAAGGUGCCCUCUUUGCAACACUUCAGGAAAACGGAGAAAGAAGUCAUCGGGGGUUUGUGUAGCCUGGCCAACGUUCCUCUGACCCCGGAAACGGCGCGCGACCAGGAGAGGCGAAUCCGCCGCGAGAUCGCCAACAGCAACGAGCGGCGGCGCAUGCAGAGCAUCAACGCCGGCUUCCAGUCGCUGAAGACGCUCAUCCCGCACAGCGACGGCGAGAAGCUCAGCAAGGCCGCCAUCUUGCAGCAAACGGCGGAGUACAUUUUCACGCUGGAGCAGGAGAAGACGCGACUGCUGCAGCAGAACAGCCAACUCAAGCGAAUUAUACAGGAGUUGAGCGGCUCGUCCCCGAAGAGGAGGCGCGCGGAGGACAAGGACGAAGGCAUCGGCUCCCCGGACGUCCCGGAGGAGGAGAAGACGGACGACCUGCGGCGGGAGAUGACCGAGCUCAGGCAGCAGCUGGACAAGGAACGCUCGGUCAGGAUCAUGCUGGAAGACCGGAUGCGCUUACUGGACGCGGAGUUGUACCCGGAAAAAGGGAAGACUUUGAGCCAGCAGAACCUCGUGUGUGUGCAGCAACACAAGCAGCUGGAGAGGGAGCUUACACUUACCCACAGCCCGCAGGUGUCCGCCCCGGCCACCCCUCCCGCGCCCACGCACCACGCCACCGUCAUCGUCCCCGCGCCCGUCCCCCCGCCGCCGCAGUCCCAUCACGUCACCGUGGUCGCCAUGGGCCCGGCGUCCGUCAUCAACGCCGUCUCCACAUCCCGACACAACCUGGACACCAUCGUUCAGGCCAUCCAGCACAUCGAGGGCGGCGGCGAGGAGGAGCAGCGGCGGGCGGUCAUCGUCAGCUCGGGGCGCGUCCUCUCCGACAGCGACGAACCGGACGACCGCUCGCUGCCAUGAGUUCCUGUCUCACACGCACACUCACGCUCGCGUACAUCUCCAAACACAAAGGAAGUGGACUUUAAACAGGGCUGGUAGACGCAUUGAAGCACUCUUUUUGUACACACUUACCCACAAUAUAGUACCGUGAUAGGCAGUUUCGUCAUGCUUAUAUACAACAACAUCCCCCCAUGUUUACCUAACAGAACGGUUAUUAGAGCAGCUACUUGACUGACUGGUCUUCUAAAUACUCUCGUACUGGAUGUUACUCGUGCAAGCUAGGCAUCUUUUAGCUUUGUUUCCCCUUUCCACCCGCUGCUGAAGUGAAAUUGGCCACCUCCUCGAGACGCGGCGGCCGCUUUUUCGGGAGGCUUCUCGACGUGAUUGUAUCCGGGAGGAGAGGGUGCACUUAAGAGUUUGUCUUUAUGUCUGCCUGUUGCCAUUCUUACUGGGCUGGCUUCCCGGUGCACGAGCCCCCGAGCCCCAAAUCACUCGCAUCCCGUGUUUUUACACCCGUAGCCUGACUAUACAACCCCCGUCCCCUUUGAAGGCCUGCAGCCGACUCUGGAAGUCUAUAGCAGCACGUUAGCGCAAGCAAAUUCGAAUCACGUCACCGCUCAAUCCGUUUUGCCUUCCAUAUAGAGCAGGCGUCAGCAACUCCACACCAGUGAGUCACAGCUAACUUUUUGUUGGGUUGCUAUUAUUAUUACUAUUGUUUUUAAACACACUCUCAUUGUUGUAAAUUUGGAAAUGACAAUAUUUAAAGGGGGGGGCGGGAAUGGCAUAGUUUCAUUCCAGAAGCCGAAUCGUACGAAAUUCAAAGCAAUAUUUCCCAUAGGACGUCAUUUAAAUCCAAUGAAUCUGUUCCAGACAAAUACAGUAAACACAUUACAUAGAGCACUAGGUUUACUAACCCGAGGUUUACGUACAAUAACGGUGUGAAAUAAAUCGAAAUGACUCAUAAAGUGGAUGAAUUAACACCACACCUUCCAAAUUUGAAUGAUGACUCGAAAAAGAGGAAAUGCAACUGAACGUCACUCGAAAAAAAAUGGCUGAUCAAAAUGACCUGAGCGUCACAAUUCGACAGUUCCGCUCCACAGAAAAAAAAAAAAACCCCACAAAUAAGCGAAUUAGUGUAUCUCGAACCGCAACUAGACGAGCUUCACUGUGUUUGACCCUCAUGCGGAAAGGGCUCGUGGCGGAGGUUCCGCUGCGGCAGCCGACAUGCGAGCAGCUUGUCGUUUUGCAUUUCCGAUGAAGCGUUCGUUCACAGUGGAGCUAAAUCCCCUCGUUUCCAUUUCCCCGCUGGACGAAAACAUUCCACGGGGAAGGAGCACUCUUAUGAUUCCGGGUUGCCCCAAAGUCUUUUGGUGUUAGCUGUACUGUCACCAAGUCGUGGCGCUUUUAUCCUGCUGGACAGAUAAGUACAUCGUUUCAUUGUUGACAUCACAGCCCUUUCAUAGAAAUCAAAGUAUUAUUGGAAAAUUGUACCACUUAAAAACAUGGUUCUUCUUGUUAUGUUUUAUCAGCACUUAUGUGAACUAUACUGGAGCCUAACUCGCCAUCUACAUACAGCCCAUCAACUUUUACAAGCGCUCCGAUGCUGUCUUUUUUUUAAUGAUUAUUAUUGUUGUUGUUAUUAUUAUUGUUUUGCUGUCCUUUCUCCCUCCGUCGCUGUCAUCGAGAAGCUAUUUUGUUUUUUGUAAGGGAAACGUUUCGGGGGAUAAUUAGAGGCUCGUGCCUUUGUAAAGACAAAAUAAUAAAGUUUGUACUUUGUUUUGUUUUUUUAAA